GGGCGGGCGGACUUCUCGCGCUGCUGAACGCCGCUCUGCCGCUUUCGGGCGCUGGUUUUACGACGCGUGUGACUACCGUCGUGCCACGUGUUUCAACGAUCGGCGAUCGGCGUGGUUAUUGAGGAUCAGGGUAUCUGUGAAGGGCGUUCAGUUUUGUGCUGAUCCGCCAUGCGCUGCUUCGACCGCGUGCUGGACCCGCUGGACUAUGAGGCCGGCAUUCGGGAGAUGCUGCGCGUGCUGCAGCCCGACUGGAAGCCGGACGCGAUGAAGCUGCAGAAGUUCACGGGCCUGACCAACACGCUGGUGGGCUGCUGCCAUGACGGUGACCGGGACGGCAUGGUGCUGUUUCGCAUGUACGGCGACGGCACAGACCUCUUCAUUGACCGCGACGCCGAGAAGCGCAACAUGCAGAUGAUGCAUCGGGCCGGCUGCGCGCGGCCCCUGCUGGCCUCGUUCCGCAAUGGCCUGGUGUACGGCUACCAGCCGGGCCGCACGGUCACCAAGGAAACGGUGCGCGCGCCCGAAGUGUUCCCGCUGGUGGCGGCCGCCAUGGCGCGCAUGCACCGGAUCCGUGCUGCGGGCGCCACGCCGCCGUCCGUGUGCCUCUGGGCCUCGCUCGACAAGAUGAUGGAGCUGGCGCCCUCGUCGUUCGACGACCCCCAACAGCAGCAGAGGUACUUAUCGGCACUGCGCGGUCCGGCGGAGCUGCGCGCGGAACUGAAGGAGCUGCGCGCCGAGGUAGAGGCGCUGGACUCGCCGGUCGUCUUCUGCCACAACGACGGACUGCUGGACAACGUUCUGGUGACGCCGGACGGCCGCGCCUGCCUCAUCGACUUCGAGUACGGCGGCUUCAACCACCAGGCGUACGACAUCGGCAACCACUUCAACGAGUAUGCCGGUACCGAGGACGUGGACUACAGCCUGUUCCCGGGCCGGGAGCUGCAGCUGCAGUGGCUGCGCUGCUACCUCACCGCCUACCUCAACACCAGUCUGUCCGAGGCGCCGCAGCCCACUGGCCAGGCCGUCCAGCCUAGCGACGAGCAGGUCGAGCGGCUCUACGUGCAGACCAACAAGUUUUCACUGCUGUCACACUUCUACUGGGGCGUUUGGGCUCUUGUACAAACCCGGUUCUCCAAGAUCGACUUCGACUAUUUGGAGUACGCCAUCAUCCGCUUCUCAGAGUACGACCGGAGGCGGGCGGCGCUGGCGACGCUGUAGGGUCACGAGGCGACCCGGCCGACCGCCGCCCCCGCCCCCUCCCCAUCCGCGACAUUCCAGCCCAUUCCAGGCGGCCGGUGUGGGCCGGGGAGCUGACGCCGGCCCGUGCUGCCCGGCCGGAGGCUGCAGGACGGGGACCUGAAGAAUCGCCAUGCGCGGGCUGGGAGAGGGCCGAGCCGUCUGGCCACGCGCAACCUCCGGGUGUUGAUUGUGCGAGCUCAUAUCACCGAUGUGUUCGACGGAGUCACCCGGCAAUCGGUAUCAUGGUAGGCGGCGUCGGUUUGCAUGAGACGCGUGAUCGGAUUGCGACAAUUGCGCAAUGCCGCGCUUCGGCGACGCCCACGAUGGCGUACAAUAAUGACGUCAGUAUUAAAUUGGCACAAUUAUUAAGGUGGGGUUUAUCGUGACUGCUGCAAUAUUGGAUGACUUGCGAAUAUGGAAGCAAUAUCUGAGGACUUUCAAGUGGAGUGCUCGAAAGUAACUUCGCAGAAUUAUUUGAAUCAAACUAAGACCUGCUGUUUUGGGGGGUGUUGAUAUAUCAGAGCCAUCUGUGUCAGCUGAGUUUGUCUUUUAACUAAUUAUAUCCGUGCGUGCAUCCGGUGGAUGACACAGUGUGCUAAAGUAUACGCCGCCGUAAAAAUGGCGAGAUGACUGAUAUCUUUAACGGGACGUUUUAUGAUCGCUGUCAUGACAUGGUAGGCAAAAAUGGUUUUACGUGGCAGAAUUGCCGCCUUCUAUAGUCUGUACCGAUAACAGUAAGGCAAUUCUUGACUAAGCGUACGCCGUACUGGUCCCGUCUUGGUUCACAGAAGAUCGCUGGUGAGGCCUGCAAACGGUUGGCAUGUGUGCACGUGCAGUCUUGGGUUCUGAUGCCGAGUGGCGAGGGUGGCCUCGACACCAAGACUUUGGAAAUGUUCCGUGCCGCGUUUCAGACGAACUGAGCCAUGUGCGUUGAUCGACGCGCCUUAAACUAGAUAGUAAGUGUAUGCCGAUGUACUUGCCGUUUGCAUCGAAACAUUCAUCAAAAGUGCCUCGUGCUCGUGACUGCUGGUGGCCGGAGGGGCCAUCAAUACGCCAUGUCAUCACGUCGGCAAGAGAGAGCGCGCAUAAAGAAUGUAAGACCAGUAUUAGUGACCUCUUGUGUGUUUCUUUGCUCCGUCACACAUUAAGCCAUUUUGAAAACACUUGGUGCUAAAGUGACAAGACACCUGUGACUAUCACGCGUAUGAGUCUGGUUCUACGUUCUUCACCGGGCAGUUAACUAUCAGCAAUGAUGCGGAGGCAGUCUGCGUGUGUGAUAUGUGGCAUAACAAAUGAUAGGUAUGCUUCAAACCAUCGCCAUAUUUUGUAUUGCAACGGUUGGUUAGCGGUUCGGAAAUGCGUUGAGAUGAUAGUAGGAUUUAUUCAGUUGCUGUUAUUUUGCAUGCUAUUUUUCAUCAGUUGCCGCAGUCUACGCUGGCUAGAUGUUAUGAGUCGAGUAGAAUGUCCGAUUUUUAAAUAUUUGACGUAGUAUGUUGAAAUCAGCAAUGCCCGGUAACAUCGGCCGACCUAUUCUUGUUUUGUGGCGGGCUGUAUUUUCUGUCGACCGCCGCUGUGCUGUCGCACUGAUGUGUUGAACCAUGCGGCUAACCAUUCCAGCAGCACGACACUUGUGUGGGUGUGGUGCCAACAAACUUGUAACACUGCGGCCGCCGCUACAAACCACAUGCCUUGCAAUAUAUCUCCAUGGGACUCA